AAGAACGUUGAAUUGUGGUUGAAAACUGAAAGAAGAAGAUGGGUUUGUUGACAUUGCAUUCUGUGGUACAAUAUUGCCCCCCCAAAAAACGCUACUUAAUUAUUAAUUCUUGAUACUGGUUUUAUUGUGUAUGAAUCAAACGCUGUAGCUACAGUAAGGGGUGUUCCACUUCAAUGGCAAAUAUUGAAGGUGAGGAAAAUAGUAUAUCUGAUGCCAAAACUUCUAAGGAUAGCCCUAACAACAAGAACUCUGAAAUAAAUUCUGACCCUGUGGAUAUGAUUGGGAAAACAGCUAACUCGGAAUCAAAUAGUGACUCUCAAAAAGCAGAAAAUACGCCAAAUUUAGACCUUGCCCCAUCCAAAAACUCUGACAUAGGGCAGGAUGAGGAAGUGGAAGAUUCAGGGAGCAAGGAGCAAGAUACGAGUAAGAAGCAACCCACAGACCAAAGGGACUACGAGGUUAAAGAUGGGAAGUACUAUUAUACAGACUCUGAAACUGGUCAUAAGUACAUGUAUGAUGAAAGUUCUGGAGAGUGGGUGUCAAGUAGUGAUCAUCAGGAUGUGAGUACAGAUGAACAAGGAAGAACUUAUUAUCAUGCACAAGGCAUGUACCUCUGCCAAGAUCCACAAGGAAAUGUGUUUUACAUGGACAAAAAUAAUGAGUGGGUGCCUUGGGGAACAGGAACAGAGUCAUCUACCACUGAGAUUAAAAAGGGAGAGGAAAAUAACAAAUGGUAUUUCCACCAAGGAGAUGAUACGUUUUAUAGGGAUAAAGUUUCUGAUGCUGUUUAUAAAUUAAAUAAAGACAACAAUGAGUGGGAAGUGUUUGAAGGAGAACUAAAGAAAAAGAGACCUCGUAUUAAUUCAGAUGAGGAGUUUGACACAGAUGAAGAUUCUGACGAGGAUGUUUGUACUGGUUCAGCUCCUCCAGGUGCAAAAAAUGACCCAAACAUUGACUAUGAUGGUUAUGUGUACACCAAACGAGAUCCAACUGAUAAUAUGGUGUAUGAAUGGGACACAACAAGAAGAGCAUGGUUUCCAAAGCUUGACGAAGAUUUUAUGGCAACAUAUCAGCUGUCGUAUGGUUUUAAUCCUGACGGCACCAAGAAUGAGAAUCCUUUGAAAUUUGAUGAUGGAGAAAAAGAAGCAGAUGAAGCAGAGGCAGAAAAACUUGCAAAGGAGGAAAAGAAAAAAGCAAAAACAAAUCAGACAAAAAAUAAACCAAGUUGGUUUGAAAUGGAUGAAACCUUAAACACUAAGGUUUAUGUAAGCAACCUCCCUGAUUCUACCACUGAGGAAGAGUUCCUAGAAUUAAUGUCAAAAUGUGGCAUGAUCUUAAAAGAUCUUACAACCAACAAAUACAAGAUAAAGAUGUAUCGUGAUAGCGAAGGAAAUUUCAAAGGUGAUGCUUUGUGCUCUUAUAUAAAGAGGGAAUCUGUUGAGCUUGCCCUUCAGAUACUGGAUGGCUAUUGUGUUGGCAAUAAGACUAUACAUGUUGAAUUGGCAAAGUUUGAACUGAAAGGAGAGUACAAUCCAAAAUUAAAACCUCCCAAAAAGAAGAAAAAAGAAUUAGAGAAACUGCAAAAGAAACAAGAAAAGUUGUUUGACUGGCGACCAGAACCUUUACGAGGUCAGAGGCAGAAACAUGAAAAGACAGUGAUAAUACGGAAUGUUUUUAAUCCUAAGGAGUUUGAACACAAGCUUGAACAGAUAUUGACCCAUAAAGAAGCCAUGAGGGAUCAGUGUCUCAAUUUUGGAACAGUCACUAAGUUGGAUAUUCAUGAUCUGCAUCCUGAAGGUGUAGUACAAGUAACCUUUGCUGAAGUUGAGGCAGCAGAUAUGUGUGCUGCAACUUUAAACAAUCGCCUGUAUCUUGGGCGCAAUCUUAGAGUUUCAACUUGGGAUGGCAAAGAAAAGUUCAGGAUAGAGGAGACGGAUUCUCAAAAAGAGGAGAGACUUAAGAAGUGGGAUAAAUUUUUGGAAAGUGGUGAUAAAAAACAGGAAUAAAGUCGUCGUUUGUUCAGUGAUUUUA